CCUGAUGGCGGCCGAGGGGCCGGGCCCGAGCCCGGACACGUCGCUGGUGUCCCUGUACCGCUGGCUGGACACGGUGCCGCUGUCGCGUCCGCGCAGGAACAUCGCCCGCGACUUCAGCGACGGGGUGCUGGCGGCCGAGGUGGUGAAAUUCUUCUUCCCCUCCCUGGUGGAGCUGCACAGUUUUGUGCCCACGAGCUCCACGGCGCAGAAAGUCGCCAACUGGGGCCACCUCAACAGGAAAGUGCUGAGUAAGCUGAAUUUGCGCGUCCCGGAGGAGAUGAUCCAGCAGCUGGUGCGGAGCCGGCCGGGAAUGGCCGAGCAGCUCCUGCAGCUCCUGCGGGAGAAAAUACAGGAGAGGCAGAGGCAGAGGAAGGAAGGGGCCGGGCAGCCCCCAGCGGAGCCGGCAGCGCGGGAGGAGGUCGGAUACCUGGACACAGGCCAUCCCAAGGUCCAGAGCGAUUUGGGAAGGGGCUGCAGCCAGGAGGGCGCUGCCAGUUCCCGGAAUUUUUCCCUGCCCCCCUUUCCCAGCUUUUCCCCGUCUUUCCAAUUUUUCCCUGAAACCCGGGAUUUUCCCACCGCAGAUAUAAAUUCUGGCAAGCGCUGGGAUUCCGUGGGAUGGGAACAGGGGGAUAUCCGGAAUUCCCAUUUUUCUGGGGGGGAAAAGGGGCUGAGAUCGGAACCCCAAAUCCUCUCCUGCCUCAGUUUCCCCCAGUCUGAGAGGAAAAAAAAAGCCAAAAUUCCCUUUCCUCACAUUCCCUGCGGCGGGAAUUGGUUUGAGGAUUUUGGGAAUUUGGGAUUCGGGGAUUUGGGGAUUUGGGAUUUGAGCCCCCAAAUCCCUCGGGAAUGGCAGAUCCUGCAGGCCAAGGUAGGGCGGCUGGAGCAGCUCCUGCUCCUCAAAAAUCUCCGCAUCGACGACCUGAGCCGGCAGCUGCAGCAGCUGCAGGGCCACCGCCGCUGACAGGCGACAGCGACAGCAGCGACACCGCGGUGGCACCGGGGGACAGCCCGGGGACAGCCUGGGGACAGCUCGGGGACAGCCCAGGGGCUACCAGUGGCUCCCAGUGCGUCCCAGUUCGCCCAGUGCCCGGCGCGGCUCCGGCGCUGGGAAUUAAAGUGUU